GAGAAGAAAAAAACACUCUUUUUUCCAACCUUUUAUUUUUUUAUUGUACAUUUUAUUCAUCGAUUUCAUCAAAAAUAAGAGGAUACUCAUCACCAUCCUUAUAUAAAACGCGAGAAAAAUAACAUUUUAAAAAACCAACAACAAGGGAUUAAGAAAUAAAAAGAAACAUGUUUUUGUAUAACAUUACCUUGAAUCCUACAACUGCUAUCAACCAGGCAAUCUAUGGUAACUUCUCUGGUACCAAACAACAAGAAAUUAUUGUUGCUCGACAAACACGCUUGGAAUUAUUGAGACCAGAUGCAUCAACGGGAAAAGUGCACACGAUUUUAUCUCAUGAGUGCUUUGGUUUAAUCCGCAGUUUAGCUCCCUUCCGAUUGACAGGUGGCAGCAAAGAUUAUGUUGUGGUGGGCUCGGACUCUGGCCGUAUUGUCAUUCUUGAAUACAACCCAGCCAAGAACGUUUUUGAUAAAGUGCACCAAGAAACAUACGGAAAGACUGGAUGUCGUCGUAUCGUACCAGGUCAAUACAUGGCUGCAGAUCCCAAGGGUCGUGCCGUCAUGGUCGCUGCUGUCGAAAAACAAAAAUUAGUCUAUAUCCUCAACCGUGAUUCUUCCGCCAACUUGACCAUCUCUUCUCCUUUAGAAGCUCAUAAAAGUCAUACAAUCAAUCACCACAUGGUAGCUGUCGAUGUAGGUUUCGAAAACCCAAUGUUUGCGUGUCUUGAAGUAGAGUAUACUGACGCUGAUGCAGAUCCAUCUGGCGAAGCUGUAAACGACGCUGAAAAGACAUUGACUUAUUAUGAAUUAGAUCUCGGUUUGAAUCACGUUGUUAGAAAGUGGAGCGAUGUAGUCGACCGUAAAGCAAAUAUGCUUGUUCCUGUUCCUGGUGGUAAUGAUGGUCCUUCUGGUGUGCUGGUGUGUACAGAGAACUUCAUUUCUUAUAGACACCCUGAACAAGAGGAACUUCGUAUUCCUAUCCCUCGUCGUGCUCAACCUCUCGAAGAUCCAUCCAGAGGCAUCAUCAUUGUCGCCUCUGCUGUGCAUAGAAUGCGUGUUGAUAAAAAAACCCAAUUCUUCUUCUUGUUGCAAUCUGAAGAAGGUGAUCUUUAUAAAGUCACUAUGAACCAUGAGGAAGGUGCUGUUAGUGGAUUGACUAUUAAAUAUUUCGACACAAUCCCAAUUGCUACUUCUCUUUGUAUCUUGAAAAGUGGAUUUUUGUUUGUCGCUAACGAGUUUGGUAACCAUCAUCAUUACUUCUUUGAAGGCCUUGGUGAUGAUGGAGACGACCCAGAGAUUUCAUCUGAAGAAUACAUGGAAGCCGAGGAGUCACAAGAAAAGCCUCUUGUUUACUUUAAACCUCGUCCUUUGAAGAAUUUAUCGCUUGUGGAUGAAUUGAGCUCAAUGGCACCCUUAAUGGACUCAAAGGUAUUAAACUUAGCCGAUGAAGAAUCACCACGUAUUUAUUCUCUUUGUGGUAAAGGAUCUCAAUCCACUUUCCGUAUUUUGAAUCAAGGUUUAGAGGCUGCUGAAUUAGCCGUCAGUGAAUUGCCUGGUAAUCCUAGUGCAGUUUGGACCACCAAAUUAAAGGCCGACGAUGAAUUCCACGCCUAUAUCGUUGUUUCUUUUGCUAAUGCAACACUCGUCUUAUCCAUUGGCGAAACUGUAGAAGAAGUAGCAGACACUGGAUUUUUGACAGAUGCACCCACCAUUGCAGUACAACAGAUUGGAGACGAUGCCCUUUUACAAGUUCACCCCAACGGUAUUCGACAUAUUCGUGGUGACCGCCGUGUCAAUGAAUGGAGAGCUCCCAACGGACAACAAAUUACCGAGGCCGCCACUAACAGUCGUCAAGUGGUCAUCUCUCUUUCUGGAGGAGAGAUUGUUUAUUUUGAAUUGGAUAAUAUGGGUCAGUUGAACGAACAUCAAGAACGUAAGCAAAUGUCUGCUACUGUCACCUGUUUAGCUUUAGGCGAUGUACCCGAGGGACGUCAGCGUUCUCGUUAUCUCUCAGCUGGUUGUGAUGAUCAAACCGUGCGUAUCUUGAGUUUGGAUCCUGAUUCUUGUUUAGAGGCCAUAUCGAUGCAGGCACUUCAAGGUGUUCCCUCUAGUUUGGUCAUUGCUGAAAUGAUGGAUACGGGUAUCGAAAUUGGCCACGGUACGACUUAUCUGAACAUUGGUCUUUCUAAUGGUGUUUUGCUUCGUACUGUACUUGAUACCAUUACCGGCCAAUUAUCAGACACACGUACUCGAUUCAUUGGUGCCAAGAGUGUCAAAUUGCACAAGAUCACUAUCCAAGGCCAUCCUGCUGUCUUGGCCUUAUCCACUAAACCCUGGAUCAGUUACACUUUCCAAAACAGAUUGUAUUUGACUCCUCUCAGUUAUGAAAUGUUGGAAUAUGGUAGUGCAUUUGUAAGUGAGCAAUGUCCUGAGGGUGUUGUUGCUGUUGCCGGAAAUACAUUGAGAAUUUUCACGGUCGAAAAGCUUGGUAAUGUAUUCAACCAAGUUUCUAUUCCCUUAAAAUAUACACCCAGAAAAUUCGCAGUCCAUCCCAACACGCGAACAUUUGUUAUUGUCGAAAGCGAUCAUGCCACAUACUCACCUGAAGCCAAGGCUAGCGGUAUCACCGAGAAGGAACAAGAAGGUUUUGAAAUUGAUCCUGAAAUGACAGACUUGGACCCUCUUCAGUUUGGUAAUGUUCGUAACGUAGCUGGUAAAUGGGCUAGUUGUAUUCGUCUCGUCGAUCCUUUCCAAGUCAGUACUUUACAAACCAUUGAGCUGGAAGACAAUGAAGCUGCAUUCAGUGUCGCCAUGGUUCAAUUCCGUAACAAUCCUCAUGCCAUUGACUCCACUGAACAAUUUGUCAUUGUUGGUACUGGACAGAAUGUCCAAUUGCAACCUCGUUCUUGUACGGCUGGUUAUUUGCGUGUCUAUCGUGUAGUCUCUGAUGAAGGUGUACUUCGUCUUGAUUUCAUUCACAAGACACCCGUGGAUGAUGUGCCUCAAGCUUUACUUGCCUUUCAAGGCCGUCUUUUGGUGGGUUGUGGUAAAGCACUUCGUAUUUAUGACAUUGGUAAAAAGAAGAUGUUGAGAAAGUGUGAGACCAAGAAUUUACCCAAUUGUAUUGUGUCUUUGCAUACGCAAGGUCAUCGUAUUGUGGCUACAGAUAUUCAAGAAUCUGUUCAUUAUGUGAUUUAUAAACACGCUGAUAAUCGCUUGGUUGUAUUUGCCGAUGAUACAAUCCCUCGCUGGAUGACUGCUUCAACCAUGGUGGAUUAUGAAACUGUGGCUGGUGGAGAUAAAUUCGGUAAUUUCUUUGUUAAUCGUUUGCCUGCAAAUGUCUCUCGUGAGGUGGAUGAAGAUACUACGGGUAACCGUAUCUAUCACGAAAAGGGCUACCUCCAAGGAGCACCCAACAAGAUUGAUAACUUGUGUGAAUACUUUACUGGAGACAUUAUUACCUCCAUUCAUCGAACCACGCUUCUAUCGGGUGGCCGUGAAGUUCUUUUGACAACGUCACUUCUAGGAUCCAUCUCGAUCUUUGUUCCAUUUGUAUCCAAAGAAGACGUGGACUUUUUCCAGAUGCUUGAAAUGCAUAUGCGUGCGGAAGCGCCCCCUCUUGCUGGACGAGACCAUUUGCUCUAUCGUGGCUAUUACAUACCCGUCAAAUCAGUGGUUGAUGGUGAUUUAUGUGAACAAUUCAACUCGCUACCUGCUGAAAAGAGACGUAUGAUCGCUGAUGAACUUGAUCGUCCUGUUGCUGAUGUUCAAAAGAAGAUAGAAGAUAUGCGUGUUAGAUCAGGCUUCUAACUCUAAUUUUUUUUUUAUAUAAUUAUACAAAAUAAACAGUUUAGCAGAAAAUUUUAUUUAUACGU